CCUGCUUAAACUCAUCAGUUCAAUUCCAACCAUCAAACAAUGAAGAGCUUUGCAAUCCUAUCUGUUCUAGCGUCCUGUGUUCUCGCCGACGGUCCUGCAGGACACCAUGGACAUCAUACAGGAGUUCAUCACGCUCCAGUACAUCAUGGAUCUUUUGUACAACAUGCACCAGUUCAUCAUGCCCAAGUACACCAUGCCCCAGUACACCAUGUCCCAGUCCACCAGGCCCCUGUUCAUCACUCCCCUGUUUUCCAUCAGGCCCCUCUUGUGAAACAGGCCCCCGCUCCCCCAGCUGGAAAUAUUGCUGAACUAGUUGUUGCAUCUCCUGAGUUUUCAACCCUAUUGGCAGCUGUUCAAGCCGCUGGUCUUGUUGAUACUCUUGCCGGAGAGGGUCCCUUCACAGUCUUUGCUCCCACUAACGGAGCUUUCGAGAAGAUUCCCCAAGAGACUCUUCAGGGACUUCUAGCUGACAAAGAUGCUCUUACUGCUGUUCUUCUUCGUCACGUUGUUCCAGGAGCCGCUCUUCAGGGUAAAGAUGUCCCCAGUGGAAGCACUCCUCUAACCACCGCUGGUGGUGCCGUUAUUACCGCCGAAAGGUCAAACUUUAUCCAGGUUACCAGCGAGGCUGGGUCAGCUUUUGUCACAAGAUUUGAUAUUCUUGCCAGUAAUGGUGUCAUUCAUGCCAUUGAUACAGUUAUAUAAAUUGUCUUUUAUUUGAUUAUUGUUAAAUAAAUGUUAAAAGUUUA